UGGUGCAUUUGUCAGUGUCACCACUCAGAGGCAACCUAUUGAAUAUUGAAUGGCACCAACUUCAAGAAACCAGCGCCAACAGUCCAGAGCAUCCUUUCAUCCAUCCAAUGACACUGCAACUUACCGUGAUCUACUACUUUUUGAAGAGCGCCUCAAAACCAACGCCGCCCAGCUUCAACGCAGAAAGUCUAGGUAUCAGUUGUUUCUAUUCCAUCUUCUGAUAGCUAUUGCAUUCCUUCUCUCCGAAGUCCUUCUUCAGACGUCCUUUCUAGACAUACCGUACACGAACCUCCUCCGCAAAGUACUUCCAGAUGUGUACGGGGGUGCUGGGAACUUAAAGCCCCACCCAUACUUUGCAUCAGGGCUCCUCUUCGUACUUGUAACUGCUCUCCUUCUCUUCUUUGCAAGCGGCAUGUAUGCUGAGAAAAUUGCAUAUGCAAAUAGAUAUGUUCCUCAUGCGAAUAAAGCCCUUCGAAAUUUCAACAUGUACCUGAAUGUCCGACGUCCUCCCCUUCGCUCAGCAUUCUCCAUCAGCCCCUUUCCUUUCGUUUUCCAUCGACCUACCCAGUCGCGAGCACCGUCCCCGACACCGCGCCCAUCUAAUGCACCAGCUCCUAUGGCUCCUAUACCACCCGCAAACAGUCCACGCGGCGAACUCAUUUUUUCUUCACGCGUUGACCGGGGCUUCAGGGAGAGCUAUGAGAGAUAUCGAGCUGCAUUUGAAAGGAGGCGGGAUGAAAGAGAGAGGGAUGAAAGAGGGAAGACAUGGACAGGACGAAUUGCGAACAAAAUGCCGUGGAAUCAACCGCCCAAUCCGCCGCCUGCUUUAGCUGCGCUUUCACGGACCGCGUCUGGUCGCGGGCGGGGAAGCAUUGUUGGCACUCCAUUGGGGUCCAGGAGGUCAAGCCCUAUGCCGAGGCCAGGGACAAGAGAUUCUCCUGCUGUGAGGACUAUUGAUUAAUGUUGAUUAGGUAGAUCUAAUCAAUAUCGUCAUUCGCAUUCGUUUGAAAACAAUGUCUAUUCAUACUUCUAUGAUGUGUCCUUCAAGUCGACAGGGCAAGCAAUAUACUUGACGCUGCGUUCGGAGAAUUGAACGCAUGCUCUACGAAAAGCUGAUAGCAGAUGCGCCUCAGCUCUGUUACCUGAAGAACAGUUGUCGGUGCUUAGUGAAUUGUCACAAUUGGAGACGAACAGUGCCUAUGGUACACAGAGAUUCUCCUACUCUAAAUCCAAUCGCAUAAGGAGCUCCCUAAUGACCGCUAGUCAACUAUUCGCGGUCCUGAAAAAUCCCGUUGAAAUCUAGCACAACAUCCGAAGGUGACAGUACCACAUAUAUAUCAGUCGAAUAUUAAUGAACACCGUAUGGUACGGUGCAUUCUCAGAUGUUCCGAAAGCUCCCCGUAUUA